UAUGUUUCCUUUGAACACAGGGGGGCAUUGUGCAGGCAAGAGCUGAUGAGGUGAAGAAAGCCAAAGGAGGAGGCCACUGUUGUUCACCUGGUUUUCUAUCAGCCCUUACCCUGAUCAACCCUGACGCCUUCUGUCUCCCACAUCACUUCAAGAGGAGGCGUGGCUCCCUCUGGGUGCAGGAAACACCAUGUGCCAAAACUGGAGAGGACUCUCCGCUGCAACAUAAACUGCAUAACCUCUUACAAACUUUCGCUAGUACGAGGACUCUCCAAAUCCUCUGCGUUGCCCACCAGCCAAAAUGAAGAAGGUGGCACAAUGGUCAGUGGGCGACGUCUCUGACUGGCUGAGCAAAGAGGGGAUGCCGGAGUACAUAGAUGCUUUACGUGAGACAGGAGGUCUGGCUCUGCUCAGGCUCACAGAGGCCGAUUUCCAGACACCCCCCCUUUCCCUGGUGUCUUCUGAUGGUGGGCAGCAAUUGUUGGAGCGACUGGAGACGCUAAGGAUAGAGACUCACAUUGAGGCUCAUAAAAAUGGGCAUGCAAACGGGCACGCGGGUGGGCUACCGAAUGGAACUACCAAGCCUCAAAGGAAUGGCACAUUGGGGAUAAAGGACUUCAGGAUGGAGAUGGUCCACAUCCCCAUCCCGACAAUUGAGGCCUCCCGCUCCUCAUUCCCUGUAGAAUGGGGGAAGACAGGCAUAGCAUUUGUUUACGCGGUGGUGUGCUUUGUUACGACCACUGUGGUAAUUUCAGUGGUCCAUGAAAGAGUACCGCCAAAGGAGCAUACCCCACCGCUGCCUGAUAAAUUCUUCGACCUGUUCAAUAGGGUGGAGUGGGCCUUCUCCAUCUGUGAGAUUAACGGCAUGCUGCUGGUGGCACUGUGGCUGAUACAGUGGAUGCUCCUCAAACACAGGUCAAUAAUUGGCAGGCGGUUCUUUUUCAUUGUGGGCACACUCUAUCUGUACCGGUGCAUUACAAUGUACAUCACAACUCUGCCUGUUCCUGGGAUGCACUUCAAAUGCUCUCCAAAGCUUCUCGGGAACUGGGAGGCACAGAUGAGGAGAAUAAUGAAGAUGAUUGCUGGUGGGGGCCUCUCCAUCACAGGUUCCCACACCAUGUGUGGAGAUUAUCUGUACAGCGGCCACACCGUCAUGUUAACACUUACAUACCUCUUCAUCAAGGAGUAUUCUCCUAAACGUUUCUGGUGGUAUCAAUGGUUCUGCUGGAGCUUGAGUGCAGUGGGGAUUUUCUGCAUCCUUUUGGCCCAUGACCACUACACUGUGGAUGUGGUGGUUGCAUACUUUAUCACAACGCGUCUCUUUUGGUGGUACCACACAAUGGCCAACCAGCAAUCGCUGAAGGAGACAUCACAAAGUAACCCUUUCUCACGGGUGUGGUGGUACAGACUGUUCCAAUACUUUGAGGAAAAUGUAAACGGCACGGUCCCCCGAAACUAUCAGCUGCCGCUGUCAUGGCGAGCGUUGCAGUGGAACCGUGGUGUGAAGUACAGCCGACUGGACAUCCAGUGACCACUCAUCAUGUCAGCUGGCAGGCGAGGACUUUGACUUCCUUAAGUGCUGUUUUUAGCCGGGUGAAGAUGGCACUGUUAAAUGUAGCGCUGUCCUUUCAACUCUAGUAACAGACACAUCCCUGUCCACAUGGGUAGCACUGUGACCCACCUAGUAUUUUUCUUUCUCCAUUUCUGUACAUAAAUAUAUAUAUUAUUUUUGUUUUUUUCUCUUGUCCUUUCUCUCCUCCGGUAGCUUUGUAAACACAGAGCACUAAUUUAUAUUUGUUUUUCUUUUCCUCUUAAAUGGCUGCACGGCCGUUUCUGCUUUUUGUCAGCAGAGCUUUAAAGCAUUUCAAUAAACUCCUAAAUCGCUCAAACUUUUUGGCCAAAAACGGCCUCCUUUUUUUUUUUCUCUCUGCACAAACCAUAGUUAAUGUCUUCAUCUUUUUCAAGACUUUUAGUGCAAAAAGUGUCAAUCGAAUACUUUUAUCAAAUACUUAUUUGAUAACCAAAAUGCCAUAAGCAUAUUUUCUUUUCGUUUAUUUUUUUUAUAGCUAAUUACUUUUUGUAAACCACCCUUGCUAAAAUGAGUCAAAGGUGCAAAAAAAGAUUUUUUUUAAGUAUGUCAGACUUUAUUUUUCAAAAAGCAAAUGAUGUCCAAGAAAAGAUUUUUAGAUUUUUACCUUUUUCAAGAUGGAUAAGUGAGAGCAUGAGAAUUUAACGUGGUGAAACAUGAAUCCAGUGCCUUCCUUAGCUUGAUUGUAAAACAGUUCAAGUACUAUGUGUCUUGUGUCUCUGUGCUGCGGUUGUAAACACGCCGUGGUACGAGGUGGUACUUAGUCAACACUUUUGUUCCCAUGAAUGUAAAAACAACUAAGCCAGCCUUACUAGAGAAUCGGUUUCUCCCCAAAUUUAGGUGCAGUGAGUGAAAUGUCCAGUUUAUUUAUUUUGAUGCUUUAUGAUGUCAGUUUGGGUGUAACUGGUUAAUACUGUUCUAACAGAUAUAAAGGACUGUUAAUUGUAUUUUUUUAUGUCCAUAACGUUUCAUCUGACCAAUCAGUCGUUGACUAACACCAGCCAUGUUCAAAGCCCAAUCAUUGAAACUGAGUCUCCCACCAUGUCUGCUAGUUUGACUUUACAUCAUGAUAUUAUAGAUGCUAAUUGGAUAAUACAUCUCUCCGUGGCUGAGUUAUACUGGACCUUACACUCUUGUGCAUCAUUGCUGCAUCUCUCACUCAGGAGAUAAUGAGCCCCUCCGCUCUUGUUCCCCACAUUUUGAACUCCUCAUUAUCCUCAUUACGCUCUUCUGUUGUAUCUGUGUUUUGGUGGAGAGAUCUAGAGGGGAAUGUGACACUUCCUUUGAGUAAAGGGAAUGUCAAAGUAAUGAAAACAGAAGCGUCGAUCACACUCUCUGAGCAUGUCUGUCAUGAAUCCGCGCGUGCUUUGUGUGGCUUUUUUUUUCUUGUAUUAAAUCAAGCUGCUACUUCUACAGUUUGAGGAGAACAUAUCCUCUCCAUUUCCUCCUUAAACGGAAACGCCACAAUGAUCCUCUUUCUAGAAGUAGCAAACACUUAGCAUGGAGCCUGUUAAAGGGGAACAAGUGGAAGCAUGAUGCACAGAGCUGGUGAUAUAUUCGGAUACCAUUGAUUUCCAUGAAUGUGAAAAUACGUUUGUAUUAUUAGUUUUGGCUUUUUUUUUUGUGUAACUGACUGAAAGUUGAAAGAAUAAGUAUUGCACAAGUUCAUCUAUAGGGAAAGAUUUAACUGACAAUGUGAAAUGUUGAUUGCAAUAUAAAGCAUUGAGGAUUGAAUUAAAACUGCACUAAGUUUCAGAUUAUACAUAUUCCAAAUGAAUAGUUAUAAUGAUGGUGAUGUAAUUAAUUUCUUUAAACAUUGUCUAAAGAUGAAGGUGAGAAAAUGACAUAACUUUCAUGUAAGCUUAUCGAUCUAAAACCUUGUAAUGCCAACAUGAGUCUUAAUGUUUAAGAUGAAUAACAGCACAGGUUUACCUUCUUUCCUGUAGCAUAGUCCAAUCAUUUCACCUCUACAGAGAACAAUUUUUAAGAGCACAGCAGCAGGUUCCUUAAAUACAGCCAAAUCUUGACAUGUGACAGUGUUUGGAGCAAUGGUUUCUCUUGUACGAGGGGUUUGAAUGAAAGUUGGAGUCGAUGUUAGUCCACUAGUUUGCCAAUCAAGUUUUUUUUGUCUGUAAGAAACGUUUGUUAUCCUGUAUGUUUCUAUUAAAACUCCUCGCCCUCUUUGUCCCCUGUUUGUGCGUAUACCAGAUGUUUGUAAGAUAUCAUAAAGGAUUCUACUUGGGACGCUUUUGAAUAAAAACAUUUUACUAUAAUGUA